UUGUAAUUUACCGUCAACAAUUCCGGACGUACAGUUUAAUUUUGUACUAAGUCUAACCAUGGUCUUUGAACUACGAUUUCAAUUCAAAAUGUAGAGGAAACGUUAAGUUCUAUAGUUUUUCACUACACAAUCUCGCUCUUGCGAAAACCCAGUAUCCCAGUGGUAGAUAUACAUACAUUUAUGAUACUCUGUGUAGAUAACUUUUUUAUCAACCAACACGUAGUAUCAAUUCACAAGUCAAGAAUCAACGUCACGUACUUACUUAAUGUUCAGUUUAAUAUAAAAAAAUAUUGUUUUGUAUUUGAAAUUGAUUGAAUCCAUUUAAGAUGACCAUACGUUGGGGUAUCGUAACCGCAGGAAAAAUCAGCCAUGAUUUUGUUAACGCUUUCAACAGCUAUCCUAACAAGGGGGAUCAGGUUAUAGCCGCAGUAGCCGCUCGAACGAAGCCAGAAGAAUUUGCAAAGCUACACAAUAUUCCCAUAGUAUUCGAUUCCUAUAAAGCCUUGGCUGAGAGUAAUGAGAUUGAUGUGGCUUAUAUUGGUGCGCUAAAUCCUGAUCAUUACAACAUAUCAAAACUAUUUCUCGAAAACGGCAAGCAUGUUCUUUGCGAAAAACCUUUGUGUUUGAACUACAAACAAGCCGAGAGCCUAAUCAGGUUUGCGAAGAAUAAGAAACUAUUUCUAAUGGAAGCUGUUUGGUCGAGAUUUUCUCCCACCUACAUUGCCAUUGAAAAAGAAAUCAAUUCCGGGAAAUUGGGAGACGUUAUGUUCGUCGAAGUCAAUUUUGGUGUACCUAUUGUUACAGUCGAUAGACUGAGGAAAAAGGAAUUAGGCGGAAGUUCUGUUAUGGACAUUGGAAUUUACACACUGCAAUUUGCUCAAUACAUAUUUAAGGAGGAACCCAAAAAAGUAACAACUGUAGGGGGUCUGAACGAAGACGGAGUGGACAUUUACGAAACGAUAAUUUUAGAGUAUGAUGGUGACAGACGCGCAGUCCUCAACGUUGAUAGUAGGUUCAAAAUGUGGAACAAAGCCACUGUGGUUGGCACCAACGGUCAUAUUACAAUAGAGGAUCCGUUCCAUUUCCCGGAAAUUUUCAUUAAUACAGAUGGAACAGUAGAAAAGUUUCCGCUUCAUAAAUCUUCAUUACCCUACAACUUCAGAAACAGCGCCGGUUUAGUUUACCAAGCGCUUGAAGUAGAAAAGUGUCUUAAAGAAGGGCUAAUUGAAUCACCUCGUAUGUCACAUAAGGAAAGCUUAGUCUUGGCAAAAUUGGAGCAAACGGUCCGCAAACAACUUGGAGUUUACUAUGAUGUUGAUGACCAAGAAUUUCCUUGAGCGCUUUAGAAAUACAGAAUAAAUAUUGUGUUAAAAAAAAA